UUAAUAUAGUAAUGUGAAUAUUGUAGAUGUCGCAUAUGAUGCAGUCGGGCGGGUCAAUGAAGAACCGGUGGCCGAUCACGGACGCGAGUCGGCCCUAUGUUUGCCAGCACUGCGGCGUCGGAUUCGCGCGCGAAAAGGCGCUCGGUUCGCACGCACGCAUGCACGCAGGCGACUCGCCAUUUGAGUGCCACGUCUGCGGCGAGAUGUUCUGGGAUCCCAACAUGAUGAAGGAGCACACCCGCAUCAAGCACCCGCACAUAGAGGCGUCGAUACGACCAGUGCCGGUGACCGCCUCCACGUCGGUCAUAAUCGGGGCGGCGCCGAGCGGAGUUGGCGGGGCCUCAGCAGGCGGGACCUCCAGAGGCGGAGCCUCAGGGGGCGGGGGAUCCAAGGGUGCAGCCGGGGCGGCCGGCAGCAGUGCCGAGGUCUACAUGUAUUGCGAGACCUGCGGACAGUCGUUCCACCGGCAUGACGCGUUGAAGCGCCAUAGAAGGACGCACGUGAAGUCUGAGGUGGUUGAUUCUGAUGAUGGCGAUGAGGAGGGUGGCAGAAGCAACCGGGGCGGUCGACCUGAUGAUGAUGAUGAUCUGAUCGACGAUGAGCUGGAUGGUGGAGUGGUGGGAGGAGGGAGCAGUGGAGGGGGAAGCAGGAAGGUGUGUCGCACGUGUGGCGAGUUCUUUGAGUCGAGUGUGGCGAUGCGCGCGCACCAGCAAUUGUGUCAUGGCAAUGAACCAUCCUUCAACGUAAACGCAAACGCUAACGCUAACACUAGCGGAGACUCGCAUUACGGCGGCGAUCAGCACAGAUGCAUGUCGUGCGGCGAGAUUUGUGACUCUGUGGAGGAGCUGGCGGCUCACGUGGCGCAGACGCACACGAGUGGCGACCAGGAGAUGGACUCGUCGACAUGCAUCCAGUGCGGCAAAGUGUGCAAGGACCGGCGCUCGCUGCUCAAGCACUCGUGGGUGCACUCGGAGAACCGCUCCUUCCCCUGUCAGUCCUGCAACAAGCGCUUCCACAGUCGCGCACGCCUCAGACGGCACAUGAUGUCGCACCGCGACAAGGCGGUGGUGUGUUCGGACUGCGGUGACGAGUUCCCUGACGGACGCGCGUUGCUCAGCCAUCGGCACAGCCACGCAUCGAGCGCCUCGGGCGCGCACCCGGCACGCAGCUUUCCCUGCCACGACUGCGGCAAGACGUUCGGGUCGCGCAGCUCGCAGCAGAUCCAUGUGCGCAUCCACACCGGCGAGCGGCCCUACGGCUGUCGCUACUGCUGGAAGGCGUUCGCCGAUGGCGGCACUCUGCGCAAGCACGAGCGCAUUCACACCGGCGAGAAGCCCUACGUGUGUCCCGUCUGUCCCAAGGCUUUCAAUCAACGGGUUGUUCUGCGUGAACAUAUUCGCGCGCACCACUCCGGCUCGGACAUGAAGGUGAACUCGUGCUACGAGUGCAAGGUGUGCGGAUACCUGUUCGGCUCGUCGAGCGAGCUGUGCGUGCAUCUGGUGCACCACAGCGACGAGAAUACGGCCAAGCACCGGCUGCCAACGGUGGGACCUCGCAAGUACAAGCGCCGGCGCAAGCUGGCACCACACGACACCACCAACCUCAUGCUCAACGACAACGACCAGGACUACUUCUCCGACACCAGCGAGUCGCACCACGAGAAGAAGAAGUAUGCGCCGCGACGCAAGUCCAAGUACGAGUCGUCGCCUCCGCAGACGCCGCGUCACUCCGACGACUUUGACGUCAUGAAGGCCUGUGAAUCAGCCCUCGAGAACAUCAACUCUAUGGUCAACGAUGUCGAACAAAAGAAGCGCAUGGAGAAGGUUGCCAAGAAGAAUAAAUUGAAAGCCGCAAAUUUGAAACAAGCCCGCAACGAAAAACGAGCCAAGGCUGCUAAGUUGAUGAACAGCACAAGCUAUGCAUCUAAAUACGUAGUGUCCCGCCCUCAUGAAGAUAAAUCGUCCCCCAACGGUGGCUCUGGCUCCCCCAGGAUGAAGUCUGUCUAUCUACCUUCGAGUAGCACCGAUAUGAUCGAGGUUGAAACUGAGAUGGCUGUCGACACAAUUGUGAACGGAGGCGACUCGCGGAUACGGCCACGCACCAAGAACGUCACUUUCCGGAACACGGAGACGGGGGUCAGGGUGGAGCCGGCUGUGUUCCCGGCCGCCAAAAGCACCACGCCCACCAAACCGCGCAAGCCGCGCGCCAAGAAGAGUAGCAGCCCCACUAAAGAGCAUGUGCCCGCGUCGAACAUCGAGGAGAGCCAAGUACAGGAGAACAUCCUCAACUUGUCCUGCUUGGAGCAGGAGAACAUCCCGUUGAACGUGAAUUGCCAGGAGGAGCGGGUGGAGUGCACCGUGGUGCCCAACCUUGGACUCAACGUCAAGCUGGAGCCUGUCGCCGAUUGCAUGGUCAAAACGGAAAUCAUCACCGCCGACCUGCUCGCCUGUGAAAUGUGUAGUGAGGUGUUCUCUGACCGCACCGAUCUCUUGAACCAUAUACGCAUCCACAUCUAGUAAGUGCCACUACCCUAAACAGUGUAUAUGUAUACUAGUACGUAUAUCGAAAGGACAAUGAUUGUUGUUUAGUAUAUAUAUGUAUGUUAUUUACUAAAUCAAUCCUCAAGUUACGCAUUAUCAUUUUUAUAACUUUGAUAAUAAUAACAUAUAAUAUAUAUUAUAAUACAUUACCAAAAACAAUAUUAAUUUAUGGAUAUGAGUUGGUAAAUUGAUUGAUUAUUCUUGUAAAUAUUUUAUAGUUGUAAAAAACAAGCACCUCACCUAAUCGAUCACCACUUGUUACAAUAAUUUUAUUGUGGCUCAAUUUGGAUCUUGUUGUGUGUUUGUGGAGCAAUUCGUUUGCAAACUAAGAUUAGACUUUCUUUUUUCAUUUAUAUCAUUUUAGCUACUAUAUAAUUUUGAUUUUGUUUUUCUUUCACUUGUGUAUAAAAAUGAAUGUUUGCACUAUUUUUAAUACUUGCUUGCUUCACAUUUUCAAUUGUAAAUAAUUGUAGUUGUUUUGUUAGCUUUUCAAUUUAGGGUAGUUGUCCCAGAUUUGAAAAACGGCAAUGCUUUCAGUGUGUCAAGUUUUAUUGGGACUUGAGAAAUUCACUAUGUUCUUAUGAAUAGUAAUUUGAAUUCACAAUUUCCUAUCAAAUAACAAAUUUUGAGACAUUCAAUUACGAAGUAGUAAUAAUAUUGAGAAUAUAAGCUCUUAUUUAUCACCAAUGGAGUUCCAUAUUAUUAUUAUUGUUGAAUUGUGGAUUAACUAUGAAUUAUAAAAUUUGAUUACUCUGAUAUUUAAAACCUGCCAAAAUGAUGGAAAAGUUGUUCUAAUCAACUGAAUUGUUGUGAUAACUUAUUUGUGCUGGAUAUUCAAAUUGGUAUCAAACUCUAAACAUCACAGACUAUAACUCAUUUUCACUUAUAUUUAUUUGUAGAAUGUUUUGUACUAUUAGUAUUAAGAAGAAGAUCUGUCAUGAUAUUGAGAAGAAUAUAUCAAGAUUCAUGAAGAAAGUGGUUGAUUACAUUCAAAAUGUCUGUCCACUCACAACUUGUAUUUUCAUUAGAGUGUUGUCGAACACUUCUCCAGUGUAUGUAAAGUAGGUACUGUAAUUUGUAAUCUUCUAAAAUUCUAAAAAAAAUAAUAAAACUUGUAACAUGAAAUUAACUUUGAACACACUCUUUUCUUAAGAGGAAUAUUUAAAACAAUUCGAGAGCUGAAGUAGGCUAUUAAUUUUUUUUCA